CUGGCGGUAUAUUUUAUCGAUAAAUUCGCGGUCACACUGAUGAAAUGGACGAUUCUGCAGCCAAUCUAAGCACCAGCAUGUGCGACGUGGAGGAGCAGGACUUAUCCUCAGCGCUGUUGAAUAAGAACGUGAGCUUCAGCAGCACAAUGGUGACAUCAAGCGCGGAUCUGUCUUUCAGCUUAAGCGAGGCGGAGAUAUGCAAACUGAAGCAAAAUAUUGAUGCCAACUGCAGGCCAAGUGAGGACAUGGAACUCAGCAUUCCAGAGAAGAACAGCAGUGUGCAGGAGAAAACCACGCUGGAGGAGCAGGCCACACUGGAUGAGGAGACCACUCUGGAUGAAGCAUCAACCCUAGAGGAGAGCGAGUCCGUCAUAAACCUCGAAGACACCAUAGACGAUGUCGCACCGCACGCGACUGUGCCGCAAAUCCCUCAAUUGGUUGUCAACCAGCCGGUGGGAGCCGACGAGGAUGAGUCGGUUUUGGCAGAGGAAGCCAUGGAGAUUGUGGAAGAACCAGCAGCUGUAGAGGUUGCUCCGCCAGAGUACUUUAAAGGUAAACUAAUCGAGGUGGGACGACGUUGCUGGAAAUCUUCAGCCGAUGCUCAGCACUACACCAAAGGCUGCUAUUGGUCGCCGGAUGGCACCUGCCUGCUGGUGCCCAUCCACUUGGAUGGAAUGCACGUCAUGGAACUGCCGCCGGACCUGUAUACCGCCACAGCAGUAGCGCAGGAGCGCAGCCUAACCAGUCUUGUGCCUGCGGUCCAUGUGCCCGAGGGUGGCACAGUCUAUGACUGCGUGUGGUAUCCGCAUAUGAACAGCCAGCAACCAGAUACCUGCUUCUGGCUGGCCACACGGCAACACGAACCCAUUCACAUGUGGGACGCCUUUGACGGGAAGCUGCGCUGCAGUUACAGCGGCUACGAUGCCGUGGACGAAGUUAUGGCCGCCAUAUCCUUGGCCUUCUCGCACGACGGCCAGAAGGUCUAUGCGGGCUACAAGCGAUGCAUCAAAAUCUUCGACACAAGCCGACCCGGUCGCCUCUGUGACGACUAUCCGGUGAAGUUUGCCAUCUCGUGCAUUGCGCAGACUACGGAGCAGCCCAACACCUUGACUUGCGGCAACUGGCACGGCUACAUUCAGCACUUCGAUCUCCGUUGCAGCCCCAAGCAGGGACCGCUCUUCACGCUGGGUGGCCACAAGGCAGGCAUAACCCAACUGAAGUACGCCGAUGGUGCUGCGGGCUGGCAGCUGUUUAGCGGCGCUCGAAAGUGCCCAAAGCUGCUGCAGUGGGACAUGAGGAACUACAAGAAGCCCUUGGCAGAGUACCAGCGCCAUGUGGACACCAAUCAGCGCAUACAAUUCGAUCUGACGCCGGAGCUGGGCUGGCUGGCCAGCGGCGACACGCAGGGUGCUCUGAACGUCUGGGAUAUGAACGGCGACGGAGAAGUGUCUGCUCUGCCACUCCACAAUGACUGCUGCAAUGGCGUGAGUUUCCAUCCGACGCUGCCAAUCCUCGCCUCCAGCUCGGGGCAAUUUCAUUUCAUCGGCAACGAUGGCCGUAAAAAUGACAGCGUUCUAGAUUGCACAGGCGCCGCGGAGCCGGAGCUGUCGAGGGAGCAGCCACUGGAAGUGAUCUACGAGAAUGCCGUGGUGAUGUGGUGGUGCGGCUAAAAUCGGUGACUCGCUGCUGCCUCCAGUGACCCGUGA